CACUGUGAAACUUUACUUUCACAUCACUCCACAGUUACAAACACGUGUCCGGUCCCCUCUUUUUGUCCCGCACUUAUGAAUUAUCAUUCAACUCUUUGUCCUCUUUGUCAAUCCCCAAAACCAACCCCUUCAAAGCUUCAACCUUCUCUCUAAAAAAAAAAAAAAAACCCAAAAAUCCCCCCAAAUUAAAAUGCUACCAUUUUCUCAAAAACCCCAUUUAAAAUUCAGUUGCUUUAUAUUAUUACUUUGUGUUUCUCAGCUUGUAGUUUUAAAUUCUGGGUUUGAGUUAGAUGAGUCAUUGACAUAUAUUUGGCCUUUGCCAUCUGAGUUUACUUUUGGCAAUGAAACUUUGACUGUGGACCCAACUCUGUCUCUGUCUGUCUCAGGGAAAGGAGGGGAAUUGAAGAUUUUGAGGGAAGGAUAUAGAUAUAAGAAGAUUAUAUUUAAACAUGUUUCUGGGGUUUCAAUUUUUGAGAAAUUGAGAGGGAUAAGAUCUGUUUAUGAUAUUAGUGAAUUGAAAAUCAUUGUGAAUUCAGAUAGUGAAGAGCUUCAAUUGGGUGUGGAUGAGAGUUAUACGUUGUUUGUGGCAAAGAAUGAUGGGCAAUCUAUUGUUGGGAAGGCAACAAUUGAGGCAAAUACUGUUUAUGGUGCAUUAAGAGGGUUGGAGACAUUCAGCCAAUUGUGUGCUUUCGAUUAUGGGACUAAAUCAGUUAAUGUAUACAAAGCACCAUGGUACAUCAAAGACAAGCCAAGGUUUGCAUAUCGUGGGCUUUUGCUUGAUACAUCAAGGCACUAUUUUCCGAUUGAUGUCAUUAAGCAGAUAAUUGAAUCUAUGUCUUAUGCUAAACUUAAUGUCUUUCAUUGGCACAUCAUAGAUGAACAGUCAUUUCCUCUAGAAGUACCUUCAUAUCCAAAUUUGUGGAAUGGUGCUUAUACAAAAUGGGAGCGCUAUACGGUUGAGGAUGCAAGUGAAAUUGUUAGCUUCGCCAAAAUGAGAGGCAUCCAUGUAAUGGCGGAAGUAGAUGUCCCCGGUCAUGCAGAGUCAUGGGGAGCCGGGUAUCCUGAUCUUUGGCCUUCUUCUUCCUGCAGAGAGCCACUUGAUGUUUCAAAAAAUUUUACUUUUGAUUUGAUUUCUGGCAUUCUGUCAGAUAUCAGAAAAAUUUUCCCAUUUGAGCUCUUCCACUUGGGUGGUGAUGAGGUUAAUACAGAUUGCUGGGUCUCGACUCCACAUGUAAAGCAGUGGCUCAACGAUCGCAAUAUGACUGCUAAGGAUGCAUAUCAAUAUUUUGUACUCAAAGCUCAAGAAAUGGCAAUCUCAAAAGAAUGGACACCUGUCAAUUGGGAAGAGACCUUCAAUGCUUUUGCAUCAAAUCUUAAUCCACGGACUGUGGUUCAUAACUGGUUGGGCCCUGGGGUUUGUCCAAAGGCUGUUGCAAAAGGAUUCAGAUGCAUUUUCAGCAAUCAAGGUGUUUGGUAUCUUGACCAUCUAGAUGUUCCUUGGGGUCAAGUCUACAAUGCUGAGCCACUAGAAGGAAUAAAUAAUGUGUCCGAGCAAAACCUUGUUCUUGGAGGAGAAGUUUGCAUGUGGGGCGAGACAGCUGAUACCUCAAAUGUUCAGCAAACAAUAUGGCCUCGAGCUGCUGCAGCUGCAGAACGCUUGUGGAGCAAAAGGGAGGCUGUAUCUGCACGAAAUAUGACUUUAACUGCACUGCCUCGGUUCCAUUACUUCAGAUGCCUACUGAAUAGGAGAGGGAUUCAAGCUGCUCCAGCCUCAAAUGAAUAUGCUCGACGCCCUCCAACUGGUCCUGGAUCAUGCUAUGAGCAAUAAUUCUUCUGUUUGUUACCUAUGAAGUUGCUAUAAUUUUUCUGAAGUUGCUUGUAUCGGCUCUUGUAUAAUAUAUAAAGUACGUUCCAAAGCUUAAAUUGUUACCUUUUCAGCAUUUUAGAAUAGUCCGUAGGUGUUCAUUUCGUGUUGUGCUAUCUUCGGUUUGAUGUUGGGAUUAUCACUCUGAAUUUAAGUUUAUACCUGGUUAUGCCAGAGCAUUCCCGGUUUGUUUGACUAGUUAUUAUCUCCAUGAUAUGGCAGGGUUGAUGCUUCUGGCUACACUUUCAAGCAUGAACUCCAUAUAGAUAAAAUCAUCAGUUUCAAGCUUAAAAUGACAAAUGCAUAUAAAUUUUUCUGCAAUUUGCCAUAUUUCUUCAGCUUCAUUUAAUCUCCCAUACGAAACUUGCUUUUCCCCAAGAUUCCCUUCUAAACAGUUGGCGCAAGUUUUCAAUGGCUGGUAGAAGAAAUUUUACCAGUUUUUUGACUUGGGGAAAGUUUGUUCAACUUCAAAUA